AUGGGUGAAAAUCUGAAGAAAAAAGCGGUGUCGCAAAUGUCUCUACAGUCAGACCUGAGAAAAUUUAUAUCGCCCAAUCUUAUACCUGUCAAAAUUUAUGGACUUUUCAAUCUCCCGACUUUUUUGGCUGACAGAACCUGUCCAAUCUUACAUCUUAUAAUUUGACCUGUAAGCCCAUAAAUUAUAAGAUAAGAGAGAGCCGGAAAUGAGCGAUUGAUCAGGAAUUGGCCUCUCCUUCGGCGUUCUUGUUGACGAGCCGCCUGCUGGAAGAGUCCGAAAUGCCCCGAAACAGCCGAGAAGCGAGCACAGGAGAGCAAAGGCGGCGGUUGACAAUUUUACGAACAAGUACGACCCAAGUGAUAUCUUCAACAUGGACGAAACCGGUCUCUUCUACGCUAUGCGUCCGUCUACGGGCCUUGCUCGGAACGGUCGAAAUGGUGUCAAGAUGAAUAAGACUCGCAUCAUUGCGAGCGAGACAUGA